UCUACGAUUUGACACGGUAGAAAGUUUGACGUAUACAUUUUGGCUUGUAGCGAUUGGCGAUUGUCGAUGGAAUUUAUUGUCGUCGACGAGUUGAAUGUCGACCGCGGGCCAACAUUCACUGUCGUUGUAUUACGAAGAUUUUAGAUUGUACAGAAAAUAAAACGGUCGGGAAGAUAACGUGACAUUCGUGUGGCCGUGUUGUCAUGAGGCAGUGAACUCGAGUGCGUACGAACUUGACCAGUUAAAAUGUUCAGGAGUAAAAUUCGGAUACACACAUGCCGGAUAAUAUUGCUUACUUCGCUGGCAUGGCUGCUGGUGGACGUAGUGCUCCUGGCCAUGUACUCCGACUGCUUCGGUGAUGGCUGGGACUGCAGCAAAAAAGCAGGCAGUGAUAAUGUCAUGCAGGUUAAUAAUAAAGAAGAGUUUAGAGGCAAAAAGGCUGCAAUUGCAGCUGCAUUGCAAGGAAAUCAGAUUGAUGAUGACACAAACUUAGAAGUGAAUGAAGUUGAAGAAGUGAUUGGAGAAGAUGGUAUUAUGCUGUCUCCAUACCCAAAGUCCAGGCUUAAGAGGUGGGAGGAAGCACCAUUUGUUAAACCUGAAGCAGAUGGAUUACCUGGAGAAAUGGGUAAGGCAGUGAAUAUUCCUAUAGAACAAGAGAAGCUGAUGUUGGACAAAUUCCAAGAGAACCAGUUCAAUCUGUUAGCCAGUGACAUGAUCUCAGUCAACAGGUCUUUGACUGACGUCAGGUUUGAGAAAUGCAGAGACAAGUCCUACCCUACCCUGCUGCCCACGACGAGUGUGGUGAUAGUAUUCCACAAUGAAGCCUGGACGACACUGAUUCGUACAAUAUGGAGUACUAUCAACCGAUCCCCGCGGCCACUUCUCAAGGAGAUCAUACUCGUUGAUGACGCGAGUGAAAAGGAACACUUAGGGAAGAAGUUGGAAGACUACAUCAAGACGUUGCCGGUGCCGACACAUUUGUUCCGCACUGAGAACAGGUCGGGUCUCAUCCGAGCACGUCUGCUGGGCGCCAAACAUGUCAAGGGUGACGUCAUCACCUUCCUCGAUGCCCAUUGCGAAUGCACAGAGGGCUGGCUCGAGCCGCUUUUGGCGCGUAUCGUGGAGGACCGAACGACAGUCGUGUGCCCCAUCAUCGACGUUAUAUCCGACACCACCUUCGAGUACAUUCAGGCUUCCGACAUGACGUGGGGAGGAUUCAACUGGAAGCUCAAUUUUAGAUGGUAUCGCGUGCCGGAGCGUGAGAUGGCGCGGCGCGGCGGAGACCGCACGGCACCGCUCCGCACUCCGACCAUGGCGGGCGGACUGUUCGCCAUCGACAAGGACUACUUCUACCAGAUCGGUUCCUACGACCAGGGAAUGGACAUUUGGGGUGGAGAAAACCUCGAAAUGAGCUUCAGGGUGUGGAUGUGCGGGGGCCGCCUGGAGAUAGCUCCGUGCUCGCACGUGGGCCACGUGUUCCGCAAGACCACGCCCUACUCCUUCCCCGGCGGCACCGGCCGCGUCGUCAACCACAACAACGCGCGCCUCGCUGAGGUCUGGCUCGACGACUGGAAGCAUUUCUACUACAAUAUUAACCCCGGCGCACUGAACGUGCCGGUCGGUGACGUCAGCGAGCGCAAGGCGCUGCGCGAGCGCCUCAAGUGCAAGAGCUUCAGGUGGUACCUCGAAAACAUAUACCCGGAGAGUCAGAUGCCGCUCGACUACUACUAUCUUGGAGAAAUCCGAAACUCGGAGACUUCCAACUGUUUGGACACGCUGGGCGGCAAGGCGGGACAACCGCUCGGCAUGGGAUACUGUCACGGAAUGGGCGGGAACCAGACCAGAAAAUCAAAGAAGACUAAGAAACGUGAAAAAAAACGAGUAAUACCGAUAUCGCAAGUGUUUGCGUACACGAAGCGUAAGCAGAUAAUGUCUGACGACAACUGCUUGGACGCGGCACAUCCGCGCGGCCCCAUCAAGCUGAUUCGAUGCCACGGCAUGCGAGGCAACCAGGAGUGGACUUAUGAUUCCAAGACGCGAACAAUAAAGCACACGAACACAGGCAUGUGCUUAGACAAGCCGGAGACGGGCGACGUGUGGAAGCCGGUGCUGCGGCCGUGCAACCGGUCGCGGGGGCAGCAGUGGCUCAUGCAGGUCGACUUCAAGUGGCAGGCCCGGCACCAGCCCAGCUAGUGAUCGUAUACCAUCAGGAAUGACAACGAUUGACCAUACCAGUCUUCCCCUCUCGUUAGAUAUCAGAUUUUAUUCCUAAUUCCUAUAACUGAAAUUUUAUAUGUAUUAGAUUUAAUGUAACGACACGUGGUCCGAGAACUGUUGACAAUACAUUAUGAAAGCUGUAAUUUGUUGUAUUCCCUGUAAACGUUGCUCAAUUUAGUAUUGCGUCGGAUGUGUUUGUGUGCUUCGUUUGACAUUGUUUAUUGUUUGAAUAGAGAUUAAUGCGAGAGAUAUUUAUUAUUAAAAAUAUAUUAUUAUAUAGUUAUGAAUCACUAUAUUUGGUUGCUUGUCGAAAGCUAGUGUAUUCUGUAGUGGAGCGUGGUGUCUGGUGGUUGAGGCCACGAACGAGCCAUUCGUAGACUUUAGUUACUUAAAUUUACUAAAAUAACUGGUAAUAUGCGCACGCGCAAUAGCUCUGGUGUUCGCAGAAUACUCCAUUCCAUGACCAGUUAAGUCUAGGUAAUGUUACGACAUAGUUAAUGUUUGUCUAUAUGUAUACAAUAGUUUCUCUUGUUCGUUAUACAUUAAUAUAUAAUUUGUCAAGUAUUUUCAGAUUCAUUCUGUCACUUCUCAGUCUGAUAGGCAUUUACAAUUGUUCUAACAUAAUUAUACUCUAUUUUCUAUACUGUAUAUUUCACUUGAGUAAGUACAUGACCAUAUCUCCGUACUGUUCUGUCUCGUUGUCUUCUAGUACUCGUAGCUCGUAGGGGACAGUCGUAAGCGUGUGGUGAUACUGCGGCUUUAUGUGAUGACUCGGUUAGUAAAGCUAGAGUAACGAGCUGCCUUCCAGUAGCACCAAGUAUCCGAUAAUGUUAUAUCUUCGUUAUAUUGUAGUUCUUGUAACAAAGUGUUAGGUUCUGUGCGGCCAUUGACCCCCGGAGAAUAUUUUCAUACGUUUGUGUCCAGUUAGAUCUAGUUUACGUACGUUAUGUUUACUGGAGCCGCGUGAGUCGCGCGUGGCGCCCUCUUAUGUGUUAUGCGAACUAUUCAAGUGUGAGAUUAUAUGUAGCUAAGGAAACUAUUUCAUGAGCUCGUUGUUACAUCUACAAAACGUUUCCUCGUCUUGUACGUGUAACAACAGCUCUUUAUUUUUAAAGCGACUGUUGCCUUAAUUAUUUUUAUGAUGUUUCAAAAUAUGGCGUUAUUGAUAGGAGUUAUAAAUAAUAAUGAAAAUAUUUUAGUGUAUCUAUAUCAUAUUUGAAAGGCUUGAUGGAAUUGCCUUUGUUAUGGUUUUCUCAUAUUAGUAUUUAAAAACGGUAGCUAAGUGGACGUUUUAGCAAAUUUCAUUCCUGUAUAAUUUAAUAUAAUAUAGUUUACAAUAAUACAUCGGGCCCUGACAACGAAAUUAUAUUUAAUUAGACGUGUUGCGUCAUAAUUAGUGGCGAGUUAUUUCUGUGGCGUAAUAUUAUUGCAUUUGUAUAAUUUAAAGAUUUGGUUGAACACAAAGGGCCGAGAUAAUUCCUCUCGAAGCCGAAUUAUUUCUGUACAUGAUUUUGGAUGUAUUUUAUAAAUUGGUUAGUGAUUUGAGUUAUAUCGCUUCUUAUUAUUAUUUAUUUCAUAAAUUUAAUAAAUGUAAGAUCAUAUCACUAUGUAAAGUAAAAAAUAAAAUGUAAAUUUAUGAUAGUAUUAGAAAAUUCGCGAGUUUAUUUAUUUACCUAAAUUGUAUACAGUACAUCACAGUAAAGUUGUAUGAAUAUACAAUUUGAAUAAACAGUCAUUAGAGAUUCCCAAGGGUUUCUGUUCCAGCCGACACUGUUUGUAUAUUGUUUAACGUUUUAACUUCACGGUCGCGCCGAAGUGGGCGGAGUAGAGUGCGAGUGCGGGCACUGUCGCCGCGGGCGCUGCGGCCCAGUAUUGUAGUCAUGUAGACGAUUAUUGUAAUUAUUGUACAUAAGUUGUUACGUCAAGAAUCGUCCAUAAUAAAAUACUUACAAAAACAAUGACGAUGUGUUCAUCAUGAAAGCAUUUAUUUGUCUAAGGUUCGAAUCUCAACAAAUAUUGAUGGAUUAAUAACCAGAAGUGCCAAAAUUAAUCAUCAAUUAUUGUUUUUAAAUGUUCAUUCAACCAUUCCAAUAAAUAAAAAAUCUAUAUUGUGACUAUGACAAUUGAAAUAAAUUAUUUGGACUGA